CAAAUAUAUAAUACACGGAGUUAACAGAAGAUUGAUGGUAAUAUCUGUGUGACUGUUAAUGAAGUAACUCCGAAGGAGAAGAUCGAUUGUUUUAUAUUAUCGACGAAGUUCAGAGCAGUAAAGCUGUGUGUUUGAGGUGAGGGCUGCUGUGCUGUGUGGUUUCACUCCCCGUACUGCUGAGGUGAGGAGCAAUGGAGUCUGACGCGGACAGUGCGGAACAGCUGGACAGUCCCUCGGAUUCGGGCAGCGACUUCGAGGCCCAGCUGAGACCCAAGAAGCGCAGGUCGAGAGCAGUGGCCCCGGAAGCACCACCAAGUAAGCGACCACUUCAAAUGAGCACUGUCCACUCACCGCACGUUUCACAUUCUUCCAAUGGGAUGCUAGUGGCAGGUCAUCUGGACCAAGUGUGUGUGCAGGAAGGCAGUCCAGCUACUGCUGGAGAUCUUUACGAGGCUCUGCGGUCUGGCCGGAGCGCCAUGGUGACAGUGGUUGAUGAGUGGCUGGAGAGCUACAAACAGGACAAGGAAGCAGGACUCCUGGAGCUCAUGAACUUCGUUGUGCAGUGCUGUGGCUGUAAAGGUUUUGUGACCAAAGAGAUGUUUGACAGCAUGGAAAAUGUUGAGAUUAUCAGCAGGCUGACUAAAGAUUUUAAUGAGGACUGCUCUGGCUAUCCGCUGUCUUCCACGGGCCCACAAUGGCGCCGGUUUCGUACUUGCUUGUGCGAGUUCCUGCAGUUGCUGGUGCGACGCUGUCAGAACAGCCUUCUGUACGACGACUACCUCUUUUCUUCCCUGCUGGCUCUGCUCACUGGCCUGUCCGAUUCACAGGUCCGAGCCUUCCGGCACACCAGCACGCUCAUGGCAAUGAAGCUCAUGACAGCACUGGUCGAAGUGGCUAUGGAUGUUUCAACCCAGGUGGAGACCACUCAGCGGCGCUACAAGGCAGAGAUGUGCAAGGAGGUAGAGCUCAGGGCUCAGGAAAGGCUAGAAAAACUGCACACCAGCUAUACACAGCUGCAGGACCAGCAGGAGGAGUUGCAAAGUAUGAUGAAUACAGUCUUCAAGGGCAUAUUUGUGCACCGCUACCGAGACCUUGUUCCAGAGAUUCGUGUAAUCUGCAUGGAGGAGAUUGGAGUGUGGUUGCAGAAGAACCCAAGUGUUUUCCUCAAUGAUGGGUAUCUCAAGUACUUGGGUUGGACCCUCCAUGAUAAGCAAGGCGUGGUUCGACAGCAGUGUGUUCGUUCGCUAAAGGCUCUUUACAGGGAGAAGGACUUUGCAGGACGCCUUGAGCUCUUCACCAGUAGAUUUAAGGAGAGAAUGCUCAGUAUGAUACAGGACAAAGUCAAUGAUGUUGCACAAGAGGCAAUUCAGUUGCUGCUGUUGAUUCAUCAGAACACAGAGGAGGGUCUGUCUGAGGAGGAGUGUGAGCGUGUGUACCCACUUGUGUUUGCCUCACACAGAGGUUCGGCUUGUGCAGCUGGAAACUUCCUCUACCACAGACUGUGCAGUGAGCUGGACAAAGAAAACCAGGAAAAUGAAAAACGUAAAGCAGCAUUUCUUCUCUUGCUAGUCUCCUUCUUCAUUCAGACUGAGUUCCAUGAACAUGCAAUGUACCUGGUGGACAGCUUAUGGGACUGUGCAGGCAAGGAGCUUAGAGACUGGGAGACCAUGACAUCAAUGCUGCUUCAGGAGAAGGGGCAAAACUGGGGGCUGAAGGAUGAGGAGGAGGGGGCCCUGAUUGAGGUGAUGAUAUGUGCUGUUCGGCAGGCUGCAGAGAGCCACCCCCCAGUCAGUAGAGCACCAGCAAAGAGGGUUCUAAGAGUGAAGGACCAGAAGGCCCAAGAACAGCAGAGAAAUCGCCUCACCAACCAUUUCAUAAUAGUGCUGCCACAGCUGAUGGCUAAGUAUUCUGCAGAUGCUGAGAAGGUCACCAGUCUACUCAAAGCUCCAUUGCACUUUAACCUGGAGACCUACAGUAGCAACAGCCGUCUGGAGAAGUACCUGGACCUCCUCCUCGUUCAGCUGUGUGGGAUCGUGGAGAAGCACCAGGAUGAUGAAGUGCUGAGGGCAUGCGCCCUUGUGGCUUGUGCUCUGUGUGCCGAACGCUAUAGUUUUUCUGCCCGAGCUGAGAUGUCAAUCAGCCAGCUGCUGGACAGACUUGUGGACCAGUUCACAUCUGGCCUCACCGACGUAUUACAGGGCGGUGCAGAUGAGGAUGAGUUGUACAGCGUUGCCAUUGCAAUGAAAAGGAUAGCAGCUUUCAGCAGUGCAAAAGACUUGACAGGACGAGAGAUGCUUCAGCCCUGUCUUCAGAUCCUGAAGUAUGGACUUGAGUCCAGAGAGAUAAGUAGCAUGGUAAUGGUUCCUGCUUUGAAAUGUGCCUGUUUCCACCUGUUCUGGGAGAAGGUGAAAAUAACCAGCUCAGUGCCCAGCAAGCCAGCUCUGAAGCAGUUGAGACAGAAUGUUCACUCUCUUUAUGCAGUUUGCCAGAGCUGCCUGUCCGUAGGGGAGGUAGAACUAAGGGAUCAGGCAUUCCUGUUGCUGUGUGACCUACUGUUGGUGUACAGCUCAAGUUUGGUGCAGGGUAACACUGCACUGCAGACCCUGGCAUGUCCACCAAGUGUGUCACUCCGAGCAGAGAUGUCCUCUUUCCUCCUGGAUUAUGUCUUCACUGAGCCGGAGAACGACCCACAAGAUGACGAUGAGGAGGGGGAGUUUGCAAAGAUUGCUGUGUUGCAGAGGUGUCGGAACCAGCUAGCAGGCUACUGCAAACUAGUCAUCUAUGGAGUGCUGGAUCUGAGCGCUGCCUCCGAUGUCUUCAAACACUACAGCAAGUUCUACAAGGACUAUGGAGACAUCAUGAAAGAGACACUGAGCAAAUCUAAGAUCGUCAGCCCCAUACUGAGUGCGAAGACUGUGUGUCUAAGCCUGCAGCAGCUCUACUCACAGUUGCCCUGGGAGCAAGGUGAGGAGAGGGUGCGCUUCAGCCAGGAGUUCAGGGAGAUGAGAGAGCUGGCCCGGCAUCUUGCCAUGACCUUUGGAGUCAAUCUACACCGUGUCCGCAAGCCACUGGUGGCACUGCACAAGGAUGGUAUCCAGUUUGCCUUCCAGGGUGCUAAGGAUGCAGACAAGAUUCCCCACAACCUACUCUUCCUGGAGACCCUCAGUGAGUUCAGCUUCAAACUGCUACACCAGGAUCGCAAACAGCUGUUGGGUUUUCUGAAGCGCCUGGCCCCAACACCUCUGCCAGCUUGGCCAUCACUUAGGCUGUACCGCCAUUCCCUGGAAAUGGGCAGGAGGGCUUCUGAGAAAGGACAUACCCCAAGCCAUCCCACACAGAGCAUUUUGACCUCCAAACGCCCCAGGACCUCCUCAAAGACUGGCACUGACAUGAGCAUAGACAGUGAGGGCUCUGUACCCAGGAAAAAGGAUAGCCAGUGGCUGGAGAGCAGUAGCAUUGCCAGCCUAGCCACCCCUCCCCUAACUUCAACAACGCUGAAGGGAGCACUGCCACAGACAUCUGUGCCCAGAGUGGACCGUGCCGGGUCGUUGGCUGCAUCUGAUGAGGAAGGAGCCUCUGAGCCAGAGUCCCUAAAAGACUUCAUGGAGCGGCAGCCAGCAAGCAGAACAAGCUUACAAAGACGUCAGCGGCCAGUCUUUCUGGCUCCCAGCACACCUUCUACACAAAGUGACUUGGGUUCACAUCUCAGCCUACUGACACUGAUUGAAGAGGAUGAAGAGCCAGAGAUGGAUAACUUUCAGAGUGGGGACUCUGACUCAGAUACACCCAUCACUCUGCCAUCUACUCGUCAUUCCACCAGCCUUCUGGAGGAGCUGUUUUCAUAAGAGAAAUACCAAGAG